UGAGCUGAGAGAGUUCUUGGAAGGCUGCCCCACCAGCUUCUCAACAUGGCUCUCAAAGAGGGACUCAGGGCCUGGAAGAGGACCUUCUGGUGGCUGAUCCUGCUGGCAGUCAGCUUCUCAGGGCUGCUCCUGUACGGGCUCCCGGCCCUCAGGCACCUGGAAACCUUCAUCCCCAUGGGCACCUGCCCUUUGACCAGAAUGCCCCUGCUGAGAGACAACUUCACAGGUCUCCUGCAUCUCUGGGCCCGGCCUGAAGUCCUGACCUGUACCUCCUGGGGGGCCCCCAUUGUUUGGGAUGGCACUUUCGAUCCAGAUGUGGCCCAGCAAGAGGCUAUACAGCAGAACCUCACCAUUGGGCUGACUGUCUUUGCUGUAGGCAGGUACCUGGAGAAGUACCUGGCGCGCUUUCUGGAGACAGCCGAGCAGUACUUCAUGGUAGGCCAGCGCGUGGUCUACUACGUGUUCACGGAGCGCCCGGCCGCCGUGCCCCGCCUGCCGCUGGGCACGGGCCGCCAGCUGCGCGUGGAGUGCGUGCUGCGCGAGCGGCGCUGGCAGGACGUGUCCAUGGAGCGCAUGCGCACGCUGCACGCGGCGCUGGGCGGCCGGCUGGGCCGCGAGGCGCACUUCGUGUUCUGCAUGGACGUGGACCAGUACUUCAGCGGCGCCUUCGGGCCCGAGACGCUGGCCGACUCGGUGGCGCAGCUGCACGCCUGGCGCUACCACUGGCCGCGGAGGCUGCUGCCCUACGAGAGCGACCCGCGCUCGGCCGCCGCGCUGGCGCCGGGCGAGGGCGACUUCUACUACCACGCGGCGCUGUUCGGGGGCAGCGUGGCGGCGCUGCGCCGGCUGACGGCGCACUGCGCGCGGGGCCAGCGGCAGGACCGCGCGCGCGGCCUGGAGGCGCGCUGGCACGACGAGAGCCACCUCAACAAGUUCUUCUGGCUGCACAAGCCCGCCAAGGUGCUGUCGCCCGAGUUCUGCUGGUGCCCGGAGAUAGGCCGGCGCGCCGAGAUCCAACGCCCGCGCCUGCUCUGGGCGCCCAAGGAGUACCCCCUGGUGCGCGACUAG